AUGUCUUCUAAUUCAUGCACAAGUUCUUCUUCUGUCAAUGGUUUCUAUGACUUCCUUACUCAAAGACUAAAUGCUCUUCACCAAUCACUGAUCGUGUCGCAUGACUUCAUGUCGAUCCAAUUUGUUUCGGAGGUGAUUUCGUCUCUACAAUACUUUCAUUCGCAGCUAAUACUUGUGGUGCAAAAUCUUUGUUUACCGGUUGGAGGGAAAUGGUUGGAUGAGUAUAUGGAUGAAAGUUCAAGGCUUUGGGAUGUUUGUCAUGCAGUCAAGUCUUCCAUUUCUGGAAUUGAGAACUAUUCUUCAGGUGGGUCUAAUAUAGUUGCAUCAUUGGAUGGAUUCCAUCAUUUGAAUCAAGAGGUUUCACAUCAGGUUCUUAGAUCAAUAUACAUUGGUCAAAGGGAGGUUCUAGGAUUGGAAGAGGAAAAUAAAAGCAUGGUGGAAACAAGAAUUCAAUCAUUGUAUCAGUAUAUAAACCAGGACAUCACUUUGGAAGCGAAGCUAACCGAAUACAACGGCUUUCGGGGCGUUCUUUAUGCGAUGAGAAGAGUUAGUUCGUUACUACUAAUGAUUCUGUUAAAUGGUGUUGCAUAUUGUUGGUCUUCAUCAUGCUUUGAUCAUCAAGAGAAUGAAGGGAACUUGGUUUUCGGAUCAAAAUUUAUGGUUUCAAUGGCAAGAUUGCAGCAGAAAGUUGGAAAGGAGAUAGAUAAGAUUAAUGUGCAGCCAAGGAUUUUGUUACAUGAGUUCCAACAAGCAAAGGUUGCUAUGGAGGAAAUGAAGGUGCAGUUGGAGAGAAUAGUAGUUUAUGGAGAAGUGUGUGAGAUUCAAGAAAAAGUUGAGAAGUUGAAAAGUUGCUUUGGAUUGUUGAAAAGUGGAGUUGAGAAUGUAAUAGAAAAUGUUGAUGAUUUGUUUGAUGAAAUUGUUGAAGGAAGGAACAAGAUUUUGGACAUGUGCAGUCAUAAGUAG